AUGGAGUUAUCUAGAGAUAUUGUCAAGGACGAACGAAUUGUCAAAUAUUAUAUACAAAAUGCUUCUGGAACCUUACAAACAACAGAACGGGCAACCGCAAUGCCUGAAAAUAGAGAUAUAUGUAGCGACGCUUGCGGCGAGCACAUUUGUGGACGGUCUCGCACUUUUUUAUUGUCCGGAGCUUCCAUAAAUAUCGCCCAGCCUCCGAAAUCAUUAAGAUUUCUGGAUCAGCAAAUAGAAUGGCUGUUUCAACAUUUGAAACAACUCGCGAAAUGGAUAUUGAUAUUAGAGGCAGAACCUGGAAGUCAAGAUCUCGUUCGGGACAACACUGAUAGGGACCAGGCAAACCAGAAAAGGUUUAAUGGAGAUGCGACAGGAGUUCGACAUGAGAUACAAUCGUCUCUUUCCCCGAGACAGGAAUAUGAAUUUGAUAGCAAAAUCAAGAACGGUGGAAAUUCGGGAACUGCGCAGAGACGAACGCGUGGACUCCCAAGACGCACUUCGAAGCGGGAUCAUUUCUUUCAUGACGAGACAAACAAUAAUGUCUUGUCUGAUAAUGAGAUUGAUUAUUUUUCUAAAAAUUACGGUAUUACUGGUGCAUAUCCCGUACUCUCAUAUGAUGAUUUACUCUUCUGGAUAAAAGAUCAUGAUGGAGUUGUAUACUUAUGGUCUCGUAUGGAAAAUAGUAUUAUGCUUGUAGGACAUGACAUGAAAGAUGCCUUGAUGAAUUAUCUUUUUCAUCAGGAAAAUCUUCGUUAUGUUAAUGAGUAUACACAUGAAUUGAUUACACUAGACGAAGCUGAACGUGAAGGUAAAGAAUGGGCAGAAUCAUGUGAGGUUGAGACUUAUGUUGAAGACACGUCGAACACAAUAGUUCAUAAACGACUAAGAGCUGAACAGCCCAUAUCAAUCACGAUGGAUCACCAACAACCAGAGUAG